AUGGCCAAGAAGGGUGGCCCACAUGGCAAAAGGAGCAAGGGCGCGACGGGAAGAGGCAAGUCCUCAAGGGUCAAGCAGAAGAACAAGGGCUCUCAGUCGAAGAAAGGAAAGCAGAGGAAUGCUGUGAAGAGCGCAAAAGGAUCCGGUAAGGGCAAAUCCAAGGCUACGAAAGGAGAGCGAGACGUGAAGGCAGAGCAGAGAGGGGUCAAGCGAAAAGCAGUAGACGAGCAGCAAGAAGAGCAGAAGCAGGGCAAGAAGGCGCUGACGCCGAAGAAAAAGCGGAAGCUAGAGGUCACCAAGCUGUACGGUGAGUUGAUCAAUCCGGGGAGGACGAGGAAUGCUGAGGUCAUCGUCAACGACAUUCUUGAGAUUCUUCGAAAACGCACUUCGAACAAGCUGGCUGACUACUGUUCUACAAACGUUGGCGCCCGUGUCAUCGAGGCAUGCCUGAAAUGGGGCAGCAAGCCGCAGAGGCGAGAGCUGCUCUCGCACUUCAAAGAGAGCCUCCCGAAGAUGGCACAAGACCGCUACGGGCAUCAGGUUGUCCUAAAGUUGCUGCUUUACUCCUCCAAGACCUCUACAUCAAGGAAGCCUACCGAAGAGGAGAGAAAGGCCCAGCUGAAGAAUCUGAGGGAGAUCUUAGAUCAAUUCACCGGUAAGAACCUGCAUGCCACCUUCUAUCAUCGCUUCGGCUGUAAGGUCAUCAAUGGCAUUUACUUCUCCACGGCCGUCAGAGCCGCGGACAAACGGAGGAUACUUCACAGCAUAGCCAUUCCACAGGCAGUCGCGUUGCUGCGGCCCGAGCUGCCCAGCAGCAAGCCGUUGCGGCAGUUGCUCCAUGCGGAGGAUCUCACUGAGCAACACAGGAAAGACAUCGCACAGCAUCUCGAAGAAGCCGUCGAGAAGGCUGUCGAGAAGGAGCUUCUCGGCUACGACAUUGUGCACCUGCUCUUUCAGGCGGUGUGCGAGGUCGCCUCCGAUUCGCAGUUGACGCAGCUGGCGGAGCAGUGCAUGGACGGCGCUGCGUACCUACUUUCCUCUAAGCCUGGUGCAGAGGCUUUGUUGAGACUGCUCGGUGUGGCGAAUGCCAAGCAAAGAAAGGCGUUCUGCAAGGAUUUGAAAGGCAAGUUCGCCCCCUUGGCAAUGAAUUCUGUGGAUUAUGUUGUCAUGAUUCGCCUUGCCACAACCGUGGAUGACACGGUGAUGCUCUCGAAGACGAUGAUAGCUGAGUGGAUCAAGGACAUGGCCGACCUUUGCUUUGACAAGUACGCUCACAAAGUCUUGGCCUGGAUCCUUCAGCCGAAUGACAAGCACCUUUUCUCCCCCUACGAGUGCCAGUGCGCCGCCCUACCUUCACCCACGUCGUUGAAGGCCGCCGAGACCCGGCGCCAGGAGCUGCUGCGGCAUCUGAAGCCGGCCAUCUGCAGCGCUUUGCUCAAGGCGCCACUGAAGGCCGCGGGUGACAGGUAUGCGAAGGACCUCCUCGCCGCUUAUCUAGCGGCCGAUUGGGAUCAGAAGCUCGUGGAGGCCCUUCUGGCAUCCGCUCAGAAGGAGGCAGCUGGUGAGGACCUGGGCUCGAUGAACGAUGGCACCGUGGUCAACACCUUUCUUGUCUUGAUGAAGCUGGAUCCGGACAAGGGGAAGAGGCUGGCGCAACCUCUGUGGGAACGAUGUCUGCAGUCCCAGUUGGUCAAGGCUAGCACCAGCCGUUGCUCCUUCUUGCUCCUCGCCAUGCUCAAAAGUGGCGAUGAUCUGAAGCGGUCGAUUCUUACGGCCGUGAGGGCCAAGAAGGAAGCUAUCGAGAAGGCAGUGUCAUCGGCCGAGGCCUCGGGCCUCCAAGUCGCCGGAGCUCGGAAACUCCUAGCUGAGGUUUAG